GUGCCGGCUGCGCGCGUCUCCUCCUCCGCAAUUGCGCCAGGCUAGGUGUCCGCCACCCACACCAUCGCCGGCCCCUGGUGCUCCCGACCGCCUGCGCCCCCCAGGAUGUGGUCCAGCCUGAACGACUGGCUGUGGAACGAGAGGUUCUGGCUACCCCCCAACAUCUCAUGGGCUCAACUGGAGGACCGCGAUGGCCUGGUCUUCCCCCACCCCCAGGAUACAUUGAUGGCUGUGCCCCUGGCACUGGCCCUGGUGGUCAUUCGCUUCACCUUCGAGAGAUUCGUCGGCCUGCCCCUGAGCCGGUGGCUGGGCGUGCGGAACCAGAUCAGGAAGCCAGCAAAGCCCAAUGCCACGCUGGAGAAGCACUUCCUAAUGAAAGGGCGGAAACCCACGGAGCCCCAGAUGAACCUCCUGGCCAUGCAGUGUGGCCUCACGCUGCGGCAGACUCAGUGCUGGUUCCGGAGACGCCGGAACCAGGACCGGCCCUGCCUGACCAAGAAGUUCUGUGAGGCCAGCUGGAGGUUUGCCUUCUAUCUGUGCUCCUUCAUCAGUGGAACCAUGGUUCUUUAUCACGAGUCGUGGCUGUGGACGCCGGUCACAUGCUGGGAAAAUUACCCACAUCAGCCCCUGAAGCCAGGCCUGUACCACUGGUACCUCUUGGAGCUGAGUUUCUACAUCUCUCUGCUGAUGACACUGCCCUUUGACACCAAGCGCAAGGACUUCACGGAGCAGGUGAUUCAUCACUUCGUGACCAUCAUCCUGAUCAGCUUCUCCUACAGCUUGAACCUGCUGCGCAUCGGCUCUCUGGUGCUGCUGCUACACGACUCCUCUGAUUACCUGCUGGAGGCCAGUAAAUUGUUCAACUACACACACUGGCGGCGCCUGUGCGACACUCUGUUCAUCAUCUUCUCGCUGGUUUUCUUCUACACUCGCCUCGUGCUCUUCCCCACCCGGAUCCUCUAUACCACUUACUUCGAGUCCACUGCCAACUUGGGCACCUUCUUCGGCUACUACUUCUUGAACACACUUCUGAUGAUUCUGCAGCUGCUGCAUGUGUUCUGGUCUUGCCUCAUCGUUCGCAUGAUCUACAGUUUCUUAAAGAAAGGCCAGAUGGAGAAGGAUGUUCGCAGUGACGUGGAGGAGUUAGACUCCAGCGAUGGGGAGGCAGCCGAGGAGCGUCCUCAGAUGAAGAAUGGGGCGGCACAGCAACCCGGAGCAGCCCCCACUGACGGCCCUCGGAGCCGGGCAGCCGGUCGCAUGGCCAACGGGCACACACCAGCCACGUAGCCAGCCAGAGGACUGGCCGCGAGGGGAGCUGCCCCAGCGCCGGGGCAGCUCUGAUUUGUGGGGCGGCUGGACUGCGGGAUCUCGGCAGACUUUGUGGAGACAAGGGAGGGCCCCAGGUGGGGCUGAUGAUCAGUCUCCAGCCCCUUCCUUCAACCCACCCUCCCACCUUCUCUGAGCAACCAACAGGGCUGGCGAAAGGGAGUCGGGGCGGCAGAUGGCUACGAGGACACUGCAGCCCGCCAGCGCCACCUGCAGGCUGAAGCCUGAACUGUGAAGAGCCCCGGGCCGAAAGGGGUCCAAUAAACCUUGAC